AUGAGUGGAACCAGUGUGUCUCCCACAGAGUCGUCCAUUCUUUGGACAAGGAGCCCCAAGUAUCCUUCCUCAGAAGGUGUUGGCCGCUUACGUUGCAAGCCUUCCGGCCAAGCUUGGGAAUCCUGCAGGCUGCGCUUCGCCAGCCAGCAGCUGUGGCAAGGCCUCCGCAUUCAAACUGCGGAUGCUGUGGCGCAGGGGCGGGUGUCAGCAGCCAACAACUCCUUUGGAUGGGCAGAAGAUGUGAAGCCGUCCUGUUGCAGCCAAUGCAGGGCAGAAGGGAUGGUGAAGCUUCGAGGGCCCAAGUGCAGAUGUGGCAGAGCCGAGCCAGUGUUCGGGAUGCUGGGUGACGCGAGGCCCACUUGUUGCAGCAAGUGUAAGGCCGACGGCAUGGUGGAUAUCAAAAAUCGGAAAUGCCAAUGCGGAAAAGCCCAGCCGUAUUUUGGUUUUCCAAACGAUGCUCGUGCCACCUGCUGCAGCAAGUGCAAGCAGGAAGGUAUGGUGGACAUCAGAAACCGAAAAUGCGAGUGUGGCGCAGCGCUGCCAUAUUUUGGCUAUGCUAGUGAUGCCCGUGCCACCUGCUGCAGCAAGUGCAAGCAUGAUGGCAUGGUGGACGUCAAGAAUCUACGGUGCAACUGCGGUAAAGCCCGGCCUUCUUUUGGCUUUACCGACGAUGUGCGCCCUACUUGCUGCAAGCAGUGCAUGGCGGCUGGAAUGGUGAACAUCAGAAGUCCCAAAUGCAAAGUGUGCAAGAAGCAGGCGCACUAUCCCGAUGAAGCUGGCCGGCCAAAGCAACUUUGCGCGGUUCAUUCAGCUGAAGUGGGAGCGCAUGUGCUGUCCUCGCCUCGUCGAUCCCGGAUGGCCAGUGAGUGCUUUGAUGCUUUGGAGGCCGAGUGGGGCCACAAGCUGCCCUUCCGCUACAGAUUCGACAUCAAGACGGGCACUUGGUCAGGUGAAGAGUUUGCAGGGCUGGUGCCAAGGCGCAACCUGCAGCCAGACGCCUACGACCCAGAGGCCCGCAAAGUGGUCGAGUUUCUGGGGAAUUACUUCCACGGAUUCCCCCCGGAGCAUCCACAGCACGACAGCUUUGUGUGCGUGGGUGGCCGACCUGCGGCUGAGCUGCACGCAGAAACCAUGGCACGCCUGGACUUGUUCCUGGCAGAGGGCUUGGAGGUGGUCUACAUGUGGGAGUAUGAUUUCGUCCAGUGGCAGAGGGAAGUCGCCGUGGGCGCGGCCCCUUCCCUUGCCGGGCAGUUGAUCCAGCAUGGCGCUGCCGCUGACAAAAAUGUGGUCGCGGCCGAUCAGACGUGUUGGCGAACGCUUGCUUGGAGGACUCAGGUGCCGGUGGCCGGCUGUUUGUGCACAUGGUAUUGUUGA